CUGAAACACAACCGCAAGACAUAAGACAUGUGGUCAUCAAAUGGCGGUCACGAAGAGUCCCAGACGUGGACUCGAGAGCAGAGGCAGUGGUCGGCACAACAGUCCGACUAUUGUCUCUCAUUACCGCACGAGUCGGUCGAUUGGGCACAACUCGCCAAACAGUGGAUCCAAAUGCAGACACAACCGCCGCCUCCACCGCCACAGCACCACAACACUGGACAACACCCGACACACCCCUCACAUCCAAUACAUCCCUCACACCACUCACACCCACUGCCACCACAGCCCACACCACUGAACAUGACUUCGCGACCGAUGCCUCCGAUGCCACCGAUUCCCCCACCACUACACCCACUGCCGCCCCAACACAUGCCGUCGAUGCCAUCGAUGCAGGCAUUGCCGCCACAAUUCACGUCAUCAUUAGCUCAACCCAUGCAUCGGCCGCUCAUACAGACGGUGGUGACGGACGACAUGUCUCGACCUGUCUAUCAGACACCCAUUGAGGCUAACAAUUGGAAUCGGAGUCUGAGUCGACCGCCCAUUACUAUACUUCAAUCGCCGCAUCACUCGCUGCCACCGAUGCCUCCGAUGCCACCCAUUCCUCAGCAGCCACUGUUGCCAACACCACCGCCGCCGCCAAUGAAUGCGAUGCCACCGCCGAUGACUAUGAACUAUCAGCCGUCGUACGAGUGGAGAGGACCGGCGCCUCAUUCGCCGAUGCAUUCGCCAAACGUUGUGUCACAACACGACUCACACAAAGCGAUGGACCAAAUGAGCGAAAGCCAAAUGUCAGCGCUGGACGCGGCCAAGAAGAAGAACCUUCCGAUUUGGCUCCGGGAGGGACUCGAGAAGAUGGAAAAGGAGCGCAACCGACAGCGCGAGAGGGAGAAGGAAGAGCACCACCGCAUGGAAAAGGUUAGGGCUAUUCGUGACAAAGAGGAUGAGUUGAGGCGUGAGAUUGAAUGGGAACAGAAGAUGGCCAACAAGUAUGACAGCGAUGACGACGAUAAGGAUGACAAUGAGUCCAAUGAUGGACGCCAUUCGCCCGAUGAGCAGCCCGUCGACGACGAAGACAUGAUGUUAAAAAUGCGUAAAAUUUUAACACAAAUCCUAUUAGAGGUGACAAACAGUGAAAUAGAGACCAUCGCUAACGAUGUCUACAAUAAAGCGCUAAAUAGAGUUCCAGCGGUUAGACAAUCGACCGAAUCGACAAGUUUUAAGAAUCCUUCAACACUUGGCGGUUUGACUGGUCUUUCGGGAUAUGGCAGCGAAUCGGACGAAAGCGAUGACCACAUCAACAGCCAAUCGGAUCAGAAAAAUAACGGUUCGAAAACUGUUGAUAGCAAUAGUCGUGUGAGAAGUGAUUCCAUCAAAGAAAGGGACAGUAAAAAAUCCAAAGAGAAAAGCGCUGAACGCAGUGAGCGGAGAAGUAGUGAACGAUCGAGAAAAACGUCGGAAUCUGGAAGUGAUAGACAUAGAAGUGGUGAUAAUAAGAGAAGAGAUAGCAAUAAGAGUAGAAGUAGGAGUCGGGAUAGGGAUAGAAGAGCAUCGCGUGAUCACAGACGCAGAUCCAGAGAGAGGAGGAGUCGAUCUCACGAUAGGACGACGAGUAGGAGUUCGCGAAGUAGUCGGAGGAGUCGGUCCAAAGACCGCACUUCCAGUUCAAAAGAAGUGCUUCCGAAGAGAGAAAAGAGCGAUCGCGGAGUAGAUCUCGCGAUCGACAACGACGUCGACGAUCCAGAAGUCGGUCUAAAAGUGGCGCCAAAAGCGAUUCAAAAGUGGGAAAAAGUCGUACUUCUAAUAGAGAGGAAAGUCUCGAUUAACGGG